CUUUAUCUCUUUCUCUCUCAAUAUUAAGUAGGUCGGAAAAUGAGCGGAGGAGGAGGAGGAGACGAGCGAGGUAGUUACAGGUUGGAGACUGAGCUCUGUCUCGGGUUGCCCGGAGCUGAGAUGAAAUUAGUGACGUCAACGACAGCAGCAGCAUCAGGAGGGGGAAAGAGAGGUUUCUCUGAGAAUGAGAGUGAGACUAGUCAUGUUGAUUUAAAGCUGAAGAUCGAAACCAAUCAUAAUAAUAUUGAUGAUCAAUCAGCAGAUCACAAGAAGCUACUAGCUUCUUCUACUUCAUCCUGCAGCAAACAGCAGCAGCAGCAGCAGCAGCAGGAUGAUCAUGGCCACAAUCAUUCCCCCAGCUCCAAGGCUCAAGUGGUGGGUUGGCCACCAGUGAGAUCACACCGGAAGAAUGUGAUGACGCAGAAGAUUAAGAAUAAGAAGAAGGUGGAAUAUUUAGAAGAUGAAGAGAAGAUGAGUACUACUAGUGGUAGUGCCAGUGGAUGUUGUUCUAAUAAUAAGGUAGCAUUAGUAGCUGUAGCAGCAGCUGCGUUGGUGAAGGUUAGCAUGGACGGGGCACCAUACCUUCGGAAGGUGGAUUUGAGAAUGUAUGGUGACUACCAACAACUCUCCAAUGCCUUGGCCAACAUGUUCUCUUCUUUCAUAGGAGGAGGAGGAAGUGAAGGAAGAAUGAUUAAUAAUAAUAAUAAUAAUAAGAUUGAUCUGUAUAAUUAUGUUCAUACCUAUGAAGAUAAGGAUGGAGACUGGAUGCUCGUCGGGGAUGUCCCAUGGGAGAUGUUUGUUCAUUCUUGCAGACGCUUGCGCAUCAUCACCAAAGGAAAAGGAAAGGAAGGACUUAAUUGCACCUAGCUACUGAUGCAAGAGUAGGAGCUGCAUGCUGCUGCUGAUGAUGAUGAUGAGAUCACCGCAGGAAUCAAUGAAUUUAUUUUAUAACACUAGUUAAUAUUAUUAUUCAACCAUAUAUGUAUGUUUGAGUUUGUUUUUUCUUAUAUAGUAAAAUAAUUAAUUAUUAUGAUCUGGAUAUAACCGAAUUAGAGAAGAAAUCCAAAGCAGCUGCUUGCU